AGAAGGAGGUUGCGAUCGGCGUCAUAUUAUCAAAUCUGGUUUUUCCCAAAUUCCCAAAUUCCUGCACUUUCUCUCUCUCUCUCUCUCUCUCUUCUCCACUCUCGAUCUCUCCGUCUCUUUCUUCGUCUUCUUCAUCUUCUUCUCAGCUUGGCGAAAUGAGCACAGGGGACCUUCUCAGCAUCGACCCUCUCGAGCUCAAGUUUAACUUCGAAUUGAAGAAGCAGAUCUGUUGUUCGCUACAAUUGUCCAAUAAGACCGAUAGUUAUGUGGCUUUCAAGGUCAAAACUACGAACCCUAAGAAAUACUGUGUUCGUCCCAACACGGGAGUCGUCUUACCACGUUCCACAUGUGAUGUUAUAGUCACAAUGCAAGCACAAAAGGAGGCCCCUGCUGAUAUGCAAUGCAGGGACAAGUUUCUACUCCAGAGCGUGAAAGUGAAUGAUGGUAUAGCUGCCAAGGAUAUUAAUGCGGAAAUGUUUAACAAGGAGGCAGGGCACAUUGUUGAGGAAUGCAAAUUGAGAGUGGUUUAUGCUUCUCCUCCUCAACCACCCUCUCCAGUGGCAGAAGGUUCAGAUGAGGGUUCUUCACCGAGGGGAUCUGUUACGGAGAAUGGAAAUUCUAAUGGUGCUGAGUUUACCAAUGCUGCAAGGGCGUUGGCUGAUCGGCCUGAGUUUCAGGAAAAAUCUUCAGAGGCAAAAGCUCUUAUUUCGAGAUUGACUGAGGAAAAGAACAAUGCAGUUCAACAAAAUAACAAGCUUCGCCAGGAACUGGAACUUCUGAGACGCGAAAGCAGCAAAAGCGGCAGUGGUGGUAUUUCAAUCAUGGUUGUCAUCUUUAUCGGCUUGCUUGGCAUAAUUUUGGGAUAUCUUAUGAAGAGGACAUAAGCAUGUGUCUAGUAUUAUAAAUGGUGUGGCAUGCUAUUUCCUUGUCGAUUCCUUUUUUGACCCCAAAUCAUUGGAAGAAUGAAGAGGGGACCGAGGAGAAAGUAAUCGAAGAGGAGGUGUUGCUUUGUGUUAGUUAUUAGCCUUGUGAAAGUAACAAGUUUAGGUGGGUUCAUCAUCAUCAUCAUCAUGGGGUACUAUUGUAGUUGCUGCUGGACUUUGCAAGUAGUAGUGCGUCUUUAACUUAUGGUCUUCAGUAACAUGCCAUUCUUUUUGUAACUUAAGAAAAAGGGAUGAUCUUUCAUUUUGCUUUCUUUCAUCGUUCAACUAGGGAGGUCCUGGUAACAGUAUCUCUUGUGACUGUUAAUAAAUUUAUACAUUUUCUGUGUGCUGCAAACUAGUAGCUUCAUUUCCCAAUAAUUUUGAUUCUUUA